AGCCGCUUUGGCUUGAUCGUAUAUGUAGUUUCGCACGCCUCUCUCUUGUACAGACAGAUCGGCUGCGAUGAACAGCGCUAUGGAUCGGCUCGUUGCGGCAGAGUACAUGGAGCAGAGUCGGCUGUCGUUUGCUUGUGGGGACCCGUAUCCGCCGAUGCAGGAGACCAAGCGCUCGGUGUGCCUGAAUCUCUGCCCGGCUCCCUGGGGCGACGUAGACAAGAACCUUGCAGCAUGCCAGGCAGCUUUCGACGGGUACCAAGAGGACCUGGUUCGCAGCAGCAGCGCCGCUAGCAAACCCCCGCCUCGCACCACCAGUGCGGCUGCCAGGGAGCCGAAGUUCAUGCACCGGCGCUUCCUCGUCGGCACGCGGGUGGAACUGGGGGGAAUGUCUGCUGCAGAGGCCCUGGCCAAGAUGUCAGAGUUCUUGCAGGAGGAGGGCCCCGCCCAGAUCGUCAAGGACGGGGCACAGGGCGGUAGGGCAUCGGUGCACUCGGUUGUCUCCGUUCCCGUCGGUGGUGCGCUCUUGCGGUGCACCGUCAGGUUCAAGGUCUACAGGACAGAGAGCCAGGGCGGGGGCGAUUCGUGUUUGGUGCUGGAGAUCUCGAGGCGCUCUGGGGAUGCGGUGGCUUUUGGCCACGUUUCCACCAGGGCGAGAGACUAUCCAGAUGCCUACGGCAAGCCCAUGAGCGAGAUCCCGGCCCCCCCGCCGCUGGAGUCGCUCCUGGCGAAGUCCGGAGGGCUCGGCCCUUGGGAUGGGUCUGGCCUGCUCACGCUUCUCGGCGAGGCGGAGGCCGCGUCGCUGGCCAUAGCGGCCGGGGUGCUCGCCGCCCCAGUGUGCUAGGCGCGGAGGGGGCGGCCCCUUGGCGGGCCGAGGGCGCGGCUGCAGCAGAGGGCCCCCCUCGCGCAGGUCCAGCACUCGAAGACGCGUGAUCGCGAGGGCGAGGGCGAGGGCUGGGACUGGCCCGUGGGGGAGCGUCGGCCCUCCCUCCCCUCCUUCCCAAGAGGGGCCCGGCCUCCCCCAGUCGCACCCGGGAGCAUCCCCGGGUCCGGUCUCGCUGGCCGAGGGCCCGUCGCCGCUCUGUCGGCGAGGCGUGGCCGAUUCCAAGUCGAUGCUUCCCCGACGGAGCCAGUCCCCGACUGAGCACUCGAAGAUGGCACAACGUCGCAGACAUGUCAUCGUGCUUUUAUGCACUGUUUUAUACCGAUCGGCGCGGGCCCUCGGUGCCCCCCCUCCCCCCCCCUCCCGUGGAGUAGACACUGGCUGUCUUAAGCGCCUGUUUCGAGCAGAUGGAGCCUCUCCCCCACAGGACCAGCUCUGGCAUCCCAGCGGCGCCUCCGGCGGCGCCCCAGGCGCGCCCGGCAGGGGGAGAUCCAUGCAACUUGCGCGGGCCCCCCGAGAGUGAACGUUUCAGCUGUUUUCUUGUCUUGUCCUCCGAAUACAGAAGAGGCCAUGCCCCCUGAUGCCGCUCGCGCCGCUGCUGCUCCCGCCUCGUCCUCGGAGAAGCUGGUCCAGGGUCGGGAUAAAAAUCAUGGGCAUGGGCGGCUCCCA